CGCAUGCGUGAACUUCACGUAAACCCUCCUAUUGGUCAGUGAUCACAUGAUGCAACCAACUUCCUGUUUGAUUUCAUUCCCGAAAUGUGAUGCCAAGUACGAACCGCGAGGGACUUCAAUUGCUCUCCUCAGAUGUGGAACACAAUAUUCAGAUCUAGUGUGACGAGUAGGACGCGCUUGUAUUGGAGGAGUCUUUUCACCAUGCAACUAAAGAGCAGCGAGUUUAAGGUUUUGUUCACCGAUGGACUGAAUGAACUGGCAGAAACAUUUAAAAAGAACCAAUAUGAGUUGAGGAUAGCCGGCGGUGCUGUGCGGGACCUCUUAUCUGGAAAGCAGCCCGAAGAUGUGGAUUUUGCCACCACCGCUACACCUGACCAGAUGAAGCAGAUGUUCCAAGCUGCGGGCAUCAGAAUGAUCAACAAUAAAGGAGAGAAGCAUGGGACAAUUACCGCAAGACUUCACAAUGAGAAUUUUGAAGUGACUACCCUGCGGGUGGACGUGGAGACAGACGGCCGCCACGCCGAAGUGGAGUUCACCACCGACUGGCAGAAAGAUGCUGAGCGAAGAGACCUGACAAUCAACUCCAUGUUUUUAGGUCUAGAUGGCACGUUAUACGACUAUUUCAAAGGAUACGAGGACCUCCAGAGCCGAACGGUCCGGUUUGUUGGCAGUGCAGAACAAAGAAUCCAAGAGGACUACUUAAGAAUACUGCGUUAUUUCAGAUUCUACGGCAAGGUGGCUCUGAAGCCCGAUGAGCACGAGCCUCAGACGCUCGAGGCUAUUCGAGCCAACAGCAGCGGGCUGGCGGCCAUUUCAGGGGAACGCAUUUGGGUGGAGCUGAAAAAGAUCGUCAUCGGCCACCAUGCCGCCCAACUGCUGGAGAUGAUGUACGGCUUGGGGUUGGCCCGUUACAUUGGUUUACCGUCUGAGGGCAACGUGGAUGAGAUGAAGCGGGUGUGGCAGAACGCCAAGGGUCACUCUCCCAAAGCCAUGACCAUCCUAGCGGCUCUCUGCCGCCGCUCAGAGGAGAUUGAGAGGAUGGACCUGCGACUGAAGGUGUCCAAGGAAGAGAAGACCCUUGCUCUCUUUCUGGUCAAGUACAGACGAGAUCUCUGCAAGAACGGCGACCAGCAAGAUGGGCUCAAAACCUUCACCGACUUCAUCAUCGAUAGUCGCGAACUGGAUACUCGCAUGAAAGUGAGCGAGCUGCUCAAGUACCAGGGUGAGCACAAGCUGCUGGCCGAACUCGGCCAGUGGACCGUCCCUCGCUUCCCCAUCAGCGGACACGAUCUCCGGAAAAUGGGCGUCACCACGGGCAAGGAGAUCGGGGCUACUUUACAGAAGCUGCGCGACAUCUGGAAGAAAAGUCAUUAUCAGAUGGACAAAGAGGAGCUUCUCAGUUACGUGCAGUCCUGAGGAGCCGAUGCACGUCUGCCGAGUCAAGCGUGCGUGUCCUUGACUAGUUUGGACUCUGGCAAAUCAAGUCCCCCCCGUGUUGGCACUGCUUGCAGUGAUUAUGUAUUGAGUGGACUCACGCGUAUCGUCAACAUGACCAGAGACAAGCAGCCCCCACUGAUGAAUUCACUUUCAUUCUAAAUGGCACCGUGGAGCAGCUUUUUACAUCUGCAUAAAAUGGGGGAGAAUGUGGCCAUCGACAUGACAGUGCUGGGAGUAUGUUAGUGCUGUGGCAUUUUGCAUAUUUCUCUCCCCCUUCAAUUUGUGGAAUAAGUGCUAAGCACGGGUUAUUUUCAAUGCUCGAGCAUCAAUGUCAAGAUUUUUUUUUUUUCAGGCCGGGCAAAUUUUCCAGGAUAGGCUUUACAUUCAACACAAGCCAGUAUUUAAUUGUGCUGGAUGUAGUCAGAGCAUACAGGUACUCUAUAGAGAUGCCAAUCUGUCAAGUGAUGGAAAUAUUUUUGUUUCACCGCUACAUAUUAUGUCUUUAUUUAAGCGUGUAACGUUGUGAGAUUUGUCCAAAAUGGAAAUUGUGGCAGCCUAUCAAGACGUGCGGUCACUGCCGUGUUGAAUCCGGAUGAGUUUGAAGAGUGUUUUUUUUUUUUUUUUUUGAGACGUCGUCUUAAACCGUGCCAUCUUUAUUUCCACAGAACAUAUUCCAUUGUGUUACACUUAAUUUCAUCAAUCUUGCCAACUGAUUCCAUGAUGAGUAUCGAUGCCAUCAAAGCAAACGUGAACAAAUAAACGAUUGGCUGACGGCGUCAAA